AUCCGAAGCGUUUCUUUGAGUUGAGCUCUAAAUUUGAUGUAUAAAAUAGAUGUGACAAUCGACUAAAAUUGAUCGUUUUAUUCUUGCAUACUCCCAUCUGCCAAGAGUGAUUCUUGUAAUAAAACGAAAUUAGAUUUUUUGGUAAUAUAUGUUUACGAUUUUUAGUACAGUGAGUUAAAUUAAUUCUGUAAAAAUACGCGUGCAACUUAUUUUUCUAAUCAUUUUAUCUUAAAAUUACCAACAUUAUGACCUAUUUAUUUGAACACAAAAAAAUUAAACGCAACUUGACAUUGUUUGUGUGGUGUUGUGUUUCGAUUACCAAUUUUGUAAUUAAUUUUUUUUUUAAAAAGAAAUGUAAAUGUUUUGAUUUAUUAUUAAUGUAAGUUUCAAAUUAGUGUAGUACUGAUGAUGUCGAAUAGUUCCGAGUCGUCAGUGACCUAUCUUAAUCUGAAAACAAUGUGCAGAAUAUGCUUACAAACAAGCAAACAAAUUUUCGAUAUUUUUACCUGUUACUAUGUGAAAAGAAAAACGUUAUACAGUGAAAUGUUGGCUAGUUGUACGAAAUUAAAGCCAAUAGUUGAUGACGGACUACCUCGAGGCAUCUGCAAAGACUGCAGUCGACAGUUGAAAAAAGUGUACGCCUUCAACUUACAAUGCGAGAAAAGUGAUGUUGAAUUACGGAAUGUCAUAUCGCAAAAUGGCAUAGAAUUAAAUAGUAUUCCCAAUCAAGAUAUAAAACAGGAAUACAAUGAGCUUAAAAGGGAAAGUGAUAGUCUAGAUGAUACUAAACCAUCUUGUGUAUCAGAUGAAGAUGGUAUUAAAAACGAUAUCAAAACUGAAAACGACGAAGACAAUGAGAGCAAUUGGGAUGCAGAAGACGAUAACCUCUUAUUAGAAGAGAUAAAGUCUAAAAAAGAUGACGGUACGAAUCUUGAUCAUGGAGACACGCCAGACAUUUGGUUGGAAAAAGAUAUAAAUAAAAGACCCAAAGCUAAAAGGGGAAGGAAGAAGAAAGAAAAGAAUGGGCUAUCAGCGACUCCAAUAAGCAAGAUGCCGCACCAGUGCGACGUCUGUGGCAAGAUCCUAAGCACGAAGAGUAAUCUGAAAGCUCAUAAGAUAUGUCACACCGACGUGCGACCUUACAAGUGUACAGAGUGCCCGGCCACAUUCAGGGGUCACAGCGCCCUGUUCCAACACAAGAAAGUGCACACGAAGGAGACCCCUUACCAUUGCGAGUAUUGUCCGAAACAAUUCAGUCGGCGGACCGGCCUAGUCAAUCACAUACGGGUACAUACAGGAGAAAAACUAUACAGCUGUGGUAUUUGCUUCAAGAAUUUCGUUCAAAGCGCUCAGCUCUCUAUACAUGUAAAGAGGCAUAUGGGUGACAAACCGUUUUUGUGCCAGGACUGUGGAAAAGGUUUCCCAAUUAAAUCGGAUCUUCGUGUGCACCAGCGCAUCCACAACGGCGAGAAACCCUACAGCUGCCAUCUCUGUACGAAGACCUUUGCCACGUCGGGGAACCUCGCCAUACACAUCCGGAUACACAACAAAGAAGUUCGAUACAAUUGUCCAGUAUGUCAGCGUGGUUUCGUGACGUGCAGCGCUUACAAUGUCCAUCUAAAACGUCACAAAGGACAAAAGGACUACCACUGCGAAUGCGGAAAGACAUUUUACACGUCAUCAGCGCUAAAACAACACCGGGUCGUACACACCGGAGAGAAGAAAUAUCAGUGUAAAAUAUGCGAGAGGAAAUUCACGCAAACUAGUCAUUUAACGCGUCAUUUUAAAAGGGACCAUGCAAAACCCGGUGCACCUAUACCCUCCUCGAAUCAAUAUAAAGUCAUCUUAAACGAGAACAAAUCGCAUCUGUUCGUGUACGACCAAAAUUUGGCGGGAAACAACGCAGAUGUCAAAUGCGAAGGACCAUAGACAACGUCAAGAACUUCAUAGUUAAUUUUAAUAUAAAUUAUGUAUUUACGACUACCUCAUUACUAAUUUUUUUUGUGUCAUUAAUCCGUAACGUUGUUUUUAAAACAAGAUAAGUGGUAUUAAGUGGAUGUUGUUUUUUCUAUGUAAAAAGAUAUAUUUGUAUUAAUAAAUUUUGAACAACUUACAA